AUGGCUGUUGAUAACAUCACCAUGGACUCAGCUGAAAAUUUUCCGAACCAGAGCAGCUGCGACGUGUUUGUCUACCAGAGAGCUGCAGUUGUCCUUUUCCCUAUUUUCUACUCUGUGGUUUUCAUAAUCAGUGCGUGCGGCAACAGCUUGGUUCUCUAUGUGAUCUGUCAGAGGAAACAGAAGUUCAACUCCACCUCCAUCUAUCUGGUCAACCUCGCUCUCUCCGAUACCCUCUUCACACUGGCGUUGCCGGGCAGAAUUAUUUACUACAUCCGUCACUUUGACUGGCCCUUUGGUGACCUUCUCUGCAGACUGACCACGCUUCUCUUUUUUGCAAAUACAUAUGCAGGUAUUGGGUUCAUGACCUGCAUCAGCUUGGACAGAUAUCUGGCCAUGGUGCAUCCACACCAGCUGCAGUGUUUACGGAGUGUGAGGGUUGUUCGCCGGGUCUGCUGCCUGGUCUGGGCUCUGGUAUCCCUGCAGAUAGCUCCCCUGCUGUUCCGCAGCAUGCUGCAUGAGCGGCAGGACAGGCGAACCUGCAUGGAGUACUUCAACUUUGAGGGCUCCCGCUUCACUCCUUAUCUCCUGCUCCUGGCCUGUGCCAUCUCCUUCUGCUGCCCGCUCAUCAUCAUCAUGGGCUGCUACGCCAAGAUCAACCUGAAGCUGCGAGCUGCAGCCAAGCAGAACUCUGUGACUGGCCGAUCAAGGAGGAACCAUAGGGCCAACACCAUCAUCCUCCUCAUCCUCCUCACCUUUAUCUUAUGCUUCAGCCCGUACCACGUCAACGUUAUGCAGUUUAUGUCCAGGAAGAUAUACCACCAGCCAGCCUGUGAGGAACUGAGGGCCUUCAAGAUGUCUUUACAGAUCACAGUUUCACUAAUGAACUUCAACUGCUGCUUGGACCCAGUCAUCUACUUCUUUGCCAUUAAGACCUACAAGAAGCGUGUGAUGAGCCUCUUUAAGGACUAUCUGUACACAUCCGGUGCAUCCUCCAAAAUGACAGCUGAGAACAGCAGCAGCAACACCUGAGAGAAACCACAGCUGAGCUUACAAGAGACAUGCCAACAACCAUUGUCACAGAAAAGACCUAGUUUACUCUGGUAAAACCCAAAAAGGCCUAUUUCAGUUUAUUGUCGUUUUCAUUUCUUAAGAAAUGACUAACAGGUCUUUCAUUAAAGAUGUUGUGACAGCUGUGUAUAUACAUAUGUAGGAGAAAUUCUAAUUUGCUAAUUUCCUGUCCUCUUCAAUAAGUCUCUUCUCCUUGUUAAAGUGUUUUUUUUUUUAGAACACUGUAUAAAAUGUAUUGCUCCAUAUCUUCUUUUUAUAUGAUGAUGUAUCUUGUUGCCUUUUUUAUAUUCUUUUUGCAUUUCUUGUUAAAAUGUAUU